AUGCUUGAAAAUGGACUGUACGAUGAAGUUAAAGAAAUGUAUGAGGAAUUUAAAAAGAUUGAACAGAGAGAUGGGCCAGGGUCUGUGGAUUUAGAAAGAGGUGUUUGGCAAGUAAUUGGGUUUAAGCAAUUUCUGCCCUGGCUGAAAGGAGAAGUAGACUCACCGGCAGGUGGGAUUGAUUCAAUGAAACAGGCAACUAGAAAGUAUGCUACAAGGCAAACUAAAUGGAUCCACAAGAAACUAUUACCCAUGUGUCAGGCGGAUUAUGCCGUAGGCGAUAGAGAAGCUGCACUCUUAGAUGCAACCGAUCUGUCUAAAUGGAAUCAGAAUGUAUUUAGUCGAGGUGUUCAGAUCUGUCAGGAUUUUAUGAAUGCCACUCCUGGUACGAUUCCUAACUACUCUGUUCCGUUAGCUCCAGCAGGAUUGGAAGAGUUGCUAAAAGCUCGCAGUGCUGAAAAGGCUUUCAACUCUGACAAAUGGAAACAUCAUGUUUGUGAAAUCUGUACUAGACUUGACAGCGAACCUUGUAUUUCAAUUGGCGAAGAAGCUUGGAAAACGCAUCUUAAUAGCAAGCGUCACAGGCUUGCUGGUCGUAAACUUCAGAAACAAGAAGCCUUUGAACACUGGAAAAGGAAACAAUCGGAGAACCCACAGUCAAAUUCCGACCUGUCUCCAAACACUCCUAAGGAGGCCAACGUGGCUGCUGACGAACAGUCAGAAAAAAAACAAAAGAUCUGA